GGAAGUGUCACACGCGUGAAUGGCACAUAUUUUCACGGCAUGCAACUUGAUGAAAGUGAUUCGAGCAGCAGAGGAAGCUCCGGUGCGCGUCGUAUGUUUUCGUUGCGGUCCCCGUGUGGAUUUUUACGGCGGAUGCACGCGGCUAUCUCUACAUCUAAAGUAGUCUGAGGGCGCGCGGAAAGUUCACCUCCGAGUCGACGUGUGUUUAUAUGAGUGUGAGUGUGUGUGUAAGUGUGUGUCAGCGUGUGUGUGUGCUCAGCCUGUCUAAUAGAGUGACCCCCCAGCACGCAGUUUAAAGGGAAGACAAGAAAGCUGAGUCAACGAAUCGCGAGCAGAAGGAUGCAACAGUUGAUGUGCGCGAGUUGCCCAGUUUUUCUGGCGUUUGGAGACGGCGCGCGCUCACGGAUGAUGGUGUCUCUGAUGUGCGUGGAGGAAGGAGCGGAUGUUUUCUUGCUUUAAACCCCUCAUCUGUCAUAUUAAAUCCAUCAGAGGGAUCCGCGCGUCUCGGGGAAAAAAGAGCAGCUGUAGCGUGUCCAGCCGCGCGUCGCCAAAAUGGACAUUUGGACGGAGACGCUUGUGGAGGGACUUCACGCGCUGCUGCUGCUGCUGGAAUGGAGUUGAAGCGGAGAGGGUUUCGGAUGGUCGGUGAGGAGUAGCGGGAGCAGUGCGGUCUGCAGCAACAUGCAUCGGAUUCUGCAGAGGAGGCGAGUGCGCAAGCUGCGGGUCGUCUGGGCUUCUCUCGCCCUGGUGGCGCUGUCUCUGGCCGCGUGCAGCGCGCUGUUUACGGCGUGGACUUGGCGGCAGACGCGGGACCUGUCGCAGUCCUUUAAAGUCCUGCAGGACCGACUCGAGCAGGUCAGUAUCACACUUUAAAUCGGGAUUAAUAGCGUGCGUAUUUGUGCGUAAAAUAACUCUUGAAACUUUUGCAGAAAUUAAACUCUUUAUGUAACUUUUCAUGACUGCGGUUGCGUGGAGACUUCGCGGGGGUUAAGUGCGUGGAAAAAUGCAAUUCCACACACUUCACCCACCCUCUCCCCCUCUCUUGCACGUACUCUAUUCUUAUUGCACCAUUUCUCUGCUUGGCACUUUAAUUGCUUACCAAUAACUGCAGUCAAGUUGUGGUGGAGUUACAGCUUAUUUUUGCCCCCCUUCCUUCCUCCUCCUCCUCCUCCUCUUCCUCCUCCCGCCAUGUUUAAUUAGUCUGGUGCCAGUUGUGCUCCAGUUUUAUCUCAAUUUACUGGAAAGCCUCAACUAUUUGGCACGUGAGCACUAUAUACUCAAGUGAGUGCAGCAGCAGCAGCAGGAGAAAAGAGUGCAGCAAGUGUAAAUCACAGAGCUGCAUGGAGAGGCAGGAUGGGUGAAAUGUGCAGAAUUCAGCCUCUGCAGAGUCAUGCAUGUGCAGCUGAGAGCUUUCAUGCACUUUGCAGAGAAGUGUUACUUUCCAGCAUGAGUUGCAUCACGCGGCAAAUCGUUUCAGCCAAGAGGAGCUGAUGGAAAUUCUUCUGCUUUCCAAAUAUUUCCAAAACCAGGUUGUGCUGGAUUUGAGAUCAGGGGGACAGGUUGGACUCACAUACACACACACAUACACCUUUCUCCCCUCUCUCUCUCUCACUUCUUCACACACACUCUAACACCCUAAGAUUGGCCACGUGGAGUGUUGAUGCUGGAGCUCUCCCAAGGGGCCCCCGUCUUGUCCAUUUGACCGUUGGCCAACUCCUGAUGAGAGCCAGCGAGUGAACGUCUGGAGAGCAACUCGCUGCCUUUAUUUCCACAGUAGCAGUAAAUUUAAACACACUCUUUUUUUUUUUUUCUUCUUUUCCUCCUAAACUCCUCAAAGGCCUCCUCUGGUCACUCAGCGGGCCCUCUGCCAGAGGAUUCAAAACUUUGCUGCCUUGACAAAAAGAAAUCAGAAAGAAGGGAGUAAAGACAUGUGAGGAAUGCAAAGCACCGAAAACAUGCAUUAGAUGUCGCAACCGGUCUCUGAGGAAGUGGUGGGCUGAUGCUAAAACUAGCAGGGGCAGGGAAACGGUAAAGACAGGCCUGUUUAUUAGGGCUGGGACGAUAUGCUUUUCUCCUGAUUCGAUUCCUUUACGAUAUUGUCGAUUUUCUCGAUCUUUAGUCUUUAGUUUGAAUGAUUAUGAUUGUCUGCUGACUAUUUUAGGAACCAUAUUCCCCCCAAAAAAUAUACAUUAUAUGUAAGUCAGUUUUGAAGAUUUAUUCGUACCCCUCUGGAGCGUCAAAAUCACGUGACAUAUUUAAGUGGAUGUAGCCGCAAGACGGAGCCUCGCUGAGUCUCCGUUUCAACUUGUCUCCAAUAGUGUGGUGCCGUUCGCGAACGAUUCGUUCAAAAGGACCGAAUCUUUUAAGUGACCAUGCUAAACCGAAUCACUUCCUCGAGUGAUUCGUUCGUUUCUCACUUCAGUUGAGCCGAAGUGAGAAACAGCAUUGCCAGUCGUGCAGCCGGUGAACGAGGGACCGCAUGCACCGACGCCUGAAUCACUUGAACGAAUAACGCAUUGAACUACACUCUCUGGAAUCAUUUUUGUCAGACAAAUCUACAUUUUUUUUCACUGCUGAAUUGCCACCACAAUGACUCGCAUACAAUAGGACACAGCAUGUAACAAGUAGUGCUCAGUGAAAGAAUCACUCACUCAGCCCAAUUUACCGAACAGACCUGAUAAAUAACAUUCCAUAGGACUGUACACUUAAAACAUCAUGACUUAUAAACAAGUUGAUUUUUACAAACCUGUUUGCCAAAGCAACACAGCAAAACAGUCUCGUCUCCUGGUCGCAGAAGCUGAAUCCUGAACCAUUCAGCUGAGUAUCAGUUCAGGAGGUCGGAGUUGCAGGCUUCUCCCGACAAGUGCUACAUGAUUCGGUGAUUUGGUGAACGAAUCUUUUGAACGACUCUUUUUAGUGAACUGAUUCUACUGAUUCAGUUCAUCUAAAAGAACUGCCGUGCCCAUCACUAGUCUCCAAAGUGAGGACCUCAAACUAUAUAUCAGUUUUUUAAAUCGUGUUGAUAGACCAAACAAAACCAGACUUAUGAUAAAUUAUGUACGUCAUACUUAUCCUGAUAUUUGCUAAAAUUGUACAUAUGUUUCAGAGUUUACAAUUUAUAUUUGCAGUCUAAGUUAUGAAAAUGGUUCGUUAAACAUAUUUGUGGUUUUCACAGUAAAACAUAUAAUUUUUUUCCCACUUGGAUUUUGUGUUUUGAGUGUGAAUUUAGAUCCUCUGUGUUAAUACAGUAUGUCAAAAAUGAUAAAACUGUAAAUCCACACAGGUGAGGUUGUGCUGAAAAAAAUGACACCAAGCAAGGCAAGGUAAAGAAAACCAAAAGUCGUCAAAAAUGGCCAAAUUUGAACAUAAAAAUCGAUUUUUGAAUUGUAAAACAUAAAUCAGUAUACCUAUGCGAACCGAUUUUCCUCCCACCCUGACUGUUUAUGCGUCUCUGCGGGGCUGGAGUCAGAGACAAGUCAUAAUAAACUCAUUGGUGGAGUGUGUUAAUGGCGCUUUUCUCUCUCCCUGCAGGUCAACACGCAGAGGAAAGCCAUCGUCCAGCUCAUUCUGGAGAAGCGGGAGCUGCUCGUGGGCCAGCGAGUGAAAAGAGACGGUAUUUCAAAUUAAAAGUCCUCCCUAGAGACACAGAGGGACACAAUACUCACCAAAUGCACUGUGUUGUUUUUCUUGGGCAGGACAUUUAACACAAACGCCGGCCACUCUUGGCCCACAUGCCACUUUGGUCAGGUCUAGCGGGGCCGCAGCAGGCACUACCCGCUGCUAAAAGUUGACACAGGAAAAAGUAGGCAGCUGGAUUUGCAGAAAUUACAGGUCUGACCGGAGCGGCCCUCGGAGCCCACAAAACCAGCUGGCGCGGGAGCGGGGCCUUGUUGCACGCUUCUGGGCAGUGAAAUUGAUUUCUUUUUUUCGCCCCCCUCUGAGCACACCACUGACACAGCUAUGAUUUGUUGUGAAAGCGGUGGUAUUUGAUGACCUAUCAUUGCUAUAUUUUUAGGCCGGUGCUUGCGUCACCGUCACGAGAUGGCUCGAUUGUUCACAUUUGGCCGAGAGUGAACUCUGAGGCGCUUUUUUUCUGCUGAAAGCUAAAAAUUCGAGAAAGUGAAUCACGUAAAGAUCUUCCCUUCUCUGCCAAAACACCUAUAGAGAGAAAUCCUGAAUCCUCUCUUUCUUUUCCAAAAUGCAUAAAAAAGUUCUGAAACUCCGAAGCUGCUAUCAAGACGGAGAAAACCCGAGCAGCUUUUUCCAGUUUGCAGAGAGUUGACCACCAGGACACUGCUGUUAUGUUCCCUCCAGUUGACUGACAGCUCCAGUCAGGAAACUCAGGCCAGCCCGAGGGCUUAACGCUCAGCCAUAGCGAAUCCUGAAUCUACAGGGUCACCCACCUGCGAGUUAUUUCAGCAGGGGCUCAGUAUUCGAGUCUGACGGCAGGGGCCCCCUGUUUGGCUGCUCCUGCUCGAAACAUAAAGCAUUUACUUCACAGCUCGUACGCUCGGCGUAUGAGUUGUAUCAGUGUUUGAAAGCUCCCAGUAGGCCGAAGCUAAAACAGCUCUUUAGAGGGGAAACGAGAGCAGCUUUCCUGCAGCUCAGACUUGUAUUUUAUUUAUUGUAUUUAUCCAAAAGAAGUUGCUUCACUCUGUUCCCGAGCCAGAGACCUUUUUGACUCCCCCUUUUUUCCGGCACUUCAUUUCUCUUAUUUAGCUUCGUCUCGUAUUAAAAGCUUUCACUUUCCUCCUUCACUCCAUCCCCUCUUCUCUCUCUCUCUCUUUCUCUGUCUGCUGUAUUUUCUACAUGACUGCGACCAGCUGGCACUAAGAUUAGCCCCCGCAGGAAAGAAGAAAAAAAAAGGAAAAAGGAGGCACACGCUCCUGCCUGAAAAUAAUACUUAGAGGAAAUAUACCGAAGCACGUGAAAGGAAAUCCUUUGCCCAUCUGCUCGCCGCGUUAUAAGCGGCCAAAAUGGAAGCGCCCACAAAUUAACACACAGAGCGUUAUUACGAGGAUGAUUGUUUUAUCAAAAAAAGCCACAAGUAUGCGCCCCGCCAGUCAAACUAAUGUUGUGUCUCUCUUUUGCCUCCUGAAGGGGGGACGCUGCGAGGAAGGAACGGAAAGAAAGCGGCGUCUCAUUUCGAGAGUAAGUGGCUUGGCAGAUCCCUCACAGCCGUCUCGUGUAGCAUCUGCUGAAGUGGUUUUCAAUCACAGACCCCGAUACCAUUGCGCUCGUAAAAUCUUAAUUGACUUUCCCUUUUUCUUUCUCUGUCCGUGUCUCUUCUUUUUUUUGUUCCCCUCGCUCCAUCAGUCACCAAAGUCUCCUCUCAGCAAGGUAAGAGUGGAAAAAUGAGGCUUACCUGUGAGACUUCUACCUGUAAGAGGUCUAACCUGGAGUGUGUGUGUGUGUGUGUGUUUUAGUUGGAGAAGGAGGUGUGAUCAAAGGUUGGGAGGAGAGGACGUUGAAUAUGAGCAAAGCGGUGAGGUACAACAAGGACCAAGGCACCUUCACUGUGGAGAAAGCAGGGGUCUACUUCCUGUUUUGUCAGGUGAGUUUGUGCUGGGAGAUGUAGUUUUCUUUAACGGCGUUGAACUACAAUCACCCUGUCGAUGUAAAAGCUGCAGGAAUGGAUCGAAUAAAAGUGUGUUUUAUAAGUAAAUUGAACCAGUUAGGGAGGAAUCACAAUUUACGAAGCCAAGCAGAUGAUGUUUUUCAGACAAAGCAGCGUACAUGUCUGAAAAAGGAGGGGAAAAAAGCUUCUUUGACUUCACCAACUUCCAAGGUGCUUAGAGAGAAAGGAUCUGAAAGAGGUCAAAAGAGCUUUUUUUUUGGAAAACAGCUUUAUUUGGCUUGUGGCCGAAACGCGUAGGUCAAAUAAGCUGUUUUCCAAAAAAAAGCUCUUAAGAAUUAAUUUUAAGAUUUCUCGAUGUAGGUGGUGUUUAGGAGGCAUGAAAUAGUCCUAACACAUGUUGAAUACCUCAAAUAAGUGUCUCUGAAGGGCCCUAAAAACAAUUCAACCAUUAAAGCUCCUAUAAGGAGUUUUUUAAUGUUCAUGGAAUAGAUUUAAGUUCAUAUAUAAAAAGGCAAGCAAGACCAUCGAAUACAAGGUUUAUAUUGUAAAAUGAAUGUCUAAUUAAGAGGACAAGAUAAGAUUUGUCCACAGGGGGGCGCCAAAAAUGACACAAACCAAAAGUUCCUCAUGGGAGCUUUAAAUCUGCAUUUCAUUUUGAUUCAGUUAAGGUCCUUUCACACCGGGAGCGUUGUUUUCAUGCAAUAAUUUCGGACGUCAAUAUUUUUUUUCCGAACCCAUAUCCUGUCAAUACAAGCGUUCAAAUCAGCGAUGUUUUCCCGUCCUGCGAUAUUGCAGCAUUUAUUUUUUCGUAUCACAGUCAAUUUUUCUAAAGUUUCGCGUACUGUGUGUCCACUUCUGACCAAUCAGAUUGCGUGUUGUUGCGACAUCAGAUUCACUGGUAUAUCCAACAUGGCCGACCGGCUGAUUGUUUACAUGUCGGAGAAUAGUUUAUGUGCUUAAACAGUUUGCUAAACGUCUUUGUUUUAACUUUCAUCUGUACUAAGUAACUUUAGCUCGUAAGCUAACCUGUUCAGAUACAACACACCAUAUGUAUUUUCCCUUCACAGCACCAUUAGGUCUUGGUUGUUACCUUACAGUUAUGGAUUUUAAUUUCUACGACUUUCCUGAUUCAGUACAUGCUAUCAUGACAGACAGACAUCUCAACACUAGUGUCUAAUCAGAACUGAAAAACAGUCAGUCUACUUUUGUGUCAGUCUUCUCGCUUCCACCCGGGACGCGUCUUUUUUCCCCCCGGAAAGUCUCAAAAUAGCAUUGUGCUUGAUAUGUAGUCAGGCUGUCGUUCCCGGUGUGUAAGGACCUUUACUCAAAAAAAAGAGAAACAAAGACAGAAAGUGAUGCUCCUCGCUUCCAGAAGUACAGAGAAGCUUCCUGUGUGAUCCACAGACUCUUGGAUGUCGUUUUAAUUUCUGUGCAGCUGUAUAACAAACAGCCUCCUUUUAAGACACACUGCACUGCGAUGUGUCAUAUUUCCUGGAGUUGGGAUAUCAUGUUGUGGCUAAUCUCCUGUAGCCAGACAUUGGUUUUGUCAAGUUGACAGCCCUCCAGUGAAACUCUUUCCAAAGACAGAGAGACAAAACAACCGUAGAGGGACUUUAGAAAUCCUGGACGUCUGGUUAGUUUUCGAGUUCUGCUCUGCUGAACCGGAUAAAUCAUACGAGGAUUGUACUCUGUGUCUCUCCAGGUGUUGUUCAAUGAGCAGCAGUCUCAGUAUGUGAAGCUGGACGUGGUGACCAGCGGACAGAGGCCUCAGAAGCUGCAGUGCAUGGAGGGAUACGGGACGACCCCCUCCGCCGGGCCGCACCCUUUCCACUUCCUGAAGCCGUGCCAGGUGUCCGGCCUGCUGCGGCUGGACCGAGGCACCGAGCUCCAGGCCAUCACGGGCCCCUCCUUCAGACUCCACACUGUGAGCAAUCCCUCAGCCUCGCCUCACAUCUUCAGCAUCUUUAAAGUCAACUGAACCUUGGAGUCUCAGCUGGGGCCGGAAAAGUCACUUUUUUUUAUGCGGAUGACAUUCUUUUCUUCGUGGUUGAAACGGUCAUGAGCAAUCAGGACAUAAAACCGUGCCACAGUCUCUUCCCAAAGACGUUAAUUUGAAAGACAGACCCGACAUUUGUGGAAGUUGUUGUGGAAUUUUCUUUCUCUGGACAGCUGUGCUGUUUUGGAACGGAAAAAAAACAGACUUUUGGAUUAAAACCAAGACACAAAGUGGACAAAAAAUGCCUCGAUGAAUGUCUGCCGGGAGAACAGUUGAUGGAUGUAGAGAGAGAACCUCUUAUGAAAAGGAAAACAGCCUUCUUAUCAAGUCAUAAAACGUGCUUACACUCUCUUUAUAAGAUAGUAAAGCUGCACCUUCCACUUUUUUUAUCAUCAGCCUGAAGAAGCUGAGAGCACGUCUGCAAAUGUUACAUCCCAACACUAUAAACAGCCUACAUGAGUCGUCAGUGAUAUUUUGUUUGUGAAAUCUUAUGAAUCAAGCAUUUUUUUUUUACUGAUUUUAUGAUCUUUCAAUGCAAAAAAAAGUGUGAAGUUACUUUGUCUCUUCUUCAAAUACUCUGUAUGUACUUCACACACUUUUUUAUAAACGUACGUAUCAAGUAAGAAGGAGCAUAGAAAGGAAGGGGACGUUGAGAAACAUGGAUGUGAAUUUGUGCUCUUUUUGAUUGUAAGGUGUUUUUGUGUAUAGUUCUGGCUUAACUGAUGGAGUCUUGUUAUUACAGCUUUAAAUAUAGCUCUGUCCCUCUCUCUUUUCUGACUUUGUUAUCCUUCUAACGGCACAAUAAUCGUCACUUUCACAUUGUUUGGUUAAUCUUAAAACUAUCGCGAGUUAGCCAUUCGCAUCCAGUACGGAUAAGGAACUUUUAACCAGAUAUUUCAGUGAUAGUUUUGACCUUUUGAUCACCAAAGAAAACUUUCGAAAUCGAACCUAGGUAAAGCCAAACACCUGAUCUGGAUUAAUAUCGACAAAACCCAACCCGCACCCGUAGUUCUCGUACGUACUCUCCUUUUUAACGUCAGUAGAGACGAUCUUUCUCUAAAGGCGGUUGAUUUUUUUUCCAUUUUCUUGUAUUUUGCUGCUGCUUUCUGUAAUAUUCCUCGCUACAAUGCAAACAGUGUGUAUUUCUAGCAGUGGGUUAAGCACACCCACUCUUGUUUAUAAGUAGUUUUUGUGGACAGACCACAUUGGUUUCUCCUCAGCACUUUACUGCAGCGAACGUUGUGUUUUUAAUUGGAGCCAAACGUUCAUGUUUGCGAAUGGAAAAAAAAAAAGAAAAGAGAAAAAGAAAAGUCUGAUUUUUAAGAGCAGACGAUAUAUCCUGUUUGAUUUCCUCAUAGUUUUCCUCUUCCCUUUCAGUACCCUAUUCGCCCACACACCAACCCCACGCCCCCGUGUACCUCAAAUUUCCCUGUCAGCACCGAUCAGACCGCACACGCACAGACAUACACACACUUAGUCCCCUGAGUGUCCUCUGCGUACAGACACACACACACUCACACCAGCAGCCAUCUAAAUUUUCACUUCCUGAAUCUGAACCUGAACCACAUAGCUGAAGGCCUUUGAGGAAAAACAUGCCUGUUCCUCCACACACACACACACACACGGACGCUCAGUCUUGCACACUUCCCUGCACCAAUUCCUAUUUUUGUAUAUGUCAAAGUUUAUUAACACUUUUGAAAUUCGUGUGAAGUCUUGUGUGAAGUAAUCUUGAAAAUCAUGAUGUACGCAACAAUGCCUUGACUGUUUUUAUUUUCUUCUCACCCUGCUCGUCUUCAUGUCGAAUAAACGUAUUGUUUUUUUUUUUAAAGUUA